CGCCGCCCGGGGCCGGAAGUGUGUUCCCGGGCGGAGCGCAAGGGCCGCGGCGCGGACGGGUGGGCAGCCGGGGCAGAUCUCGUUUCAGAUUCUGGUUAUCUUAUGAUGAGUGACACUUUGCCAUCAGAUGUCAUCGGUAGAAGAGUGGAAGUGAAUGGAGAACUGGCAACAGUGCGUUUCUGUGGUGUCGUUCCCCCGGUGGAAGGACUCUGGUUAGGAGUCGAGUGGGACAAUCCUGAGAGAGGAAAACAUGAUGGCAGUCGGGACGGGACUGUGUAUUUUACAUGCAGGCACCCAACUGGAGGCUCCUUUAUUCGUCCAGAUAAGGUAAAUUUUGGAGUGGAUUUUCUUACUGCAGUUAAGAAUCGCUAUGUGUUAGAUGAUGGACCACACACUAAUGGAAAAGCACCUGUUGCUAAAUUGGGAAGUAAACACGUCCAAGCUGUUGGUUUUGACUUCGUUGCAAAGAAACAGAGCCAGCUGAACAAGUUGCAAGUGAUUUCCCUGAAUGACUGUGCAGUAAGUUGUGCUGGUGAGAAAGGAAGAAUCGCCGAGGCGUGCCCCAAUAUUGUAAGUAUAAAUUUGUCAAAAAACCUCUUCUCCUCAUGGGAUGAAGUGAUGCACAUUGCGGAGCAGCUCAGGAGUCUGGAGGUUCUGGAUCUCAGUAAAAAUCAGCUGCAGUUUCCCUCAGAGUCCGUGAUGCCGGCUGGAACGUUUUCAGCACUGAAGGUUUUAAUCCUGACUCAGACAGGAGUCUCAUGGGCUGAGGUGCUGCGCCUUGCCCCCAGGUGGCCAGUCCUCGAGUACCUUUGUCUCAACUCCAACAACCUCUGCAUUUCAGAAAGGCCCACUGAUGUUUUACAGACAGUCACAUUACUGGACCUUUCCUGUAACCCAUUGAUUGAUGGAAACCAACUGCACCUGAUUGCCUAUCUUCCCAGACUAGAAGAACUAAUCCUUUCGAACACUGGACUUUCUUCCAUACAUUUUCCAGAUGCUGGAUUUGGGUGCAAAACGUCAAUGUUCCCAUCCUUAAAGUACCUGGUAGUAGAUGACAACCAGAUAUCACAAUGGUCAUCCUUCAAUGAGCUGGACAAGCUUCAGAGUCUGCAGGCCCUGUCCUGCAGACGAAACCCCCUGACUGAGGGAGACAAGGCACAGACUGCUCGGCAGUUCAUCAUCGCCAAGAUCGGGCAGCUGAGGACCCUGAACCAGUGUGAGGUCUUGCCAGCGGAAAGGCGAGGAGCAGAGCUUGAUUACCGGAAAGCAUUUGGAAACGAAUGGAAAGAGGCCGGUGGACAUCAGGAUCCAGAGAAAGACAGGCCAAAUGCAGAAUUUCUUGCAGCCCAUCCCAGAUACCAGCUCCUUUGCAGCAAGUACGGUGCACCCGAAGACGGGGAGUUCAAGACUCAGCAGCCAUUUAGGCUCAGAAAUCAGCUACUGACACUGAAGAUAAAAUACUCAAGCCAGCUUGAAGAGAAAGUGCUGGAGAAGCAGCUGCCAGACUCUAUGACAAUUCAGAAGGUGAAGAGACUUCUGUCAAUGCUUCUUAAAGUUCCUGCAUCAGAACUUCUGUUGUCUUACGAAAGCCUCAAGAUGCCGGGCAGAGAAAUUGGGCUAGAGAAUGACCUACAGUCAUUACACUACUAUUCUGUGGAGACUGGAGACUGUCUGCUGGUGCGAUGGGAACAAACCAAUUGAAAGAACUUGUUGCAGCAAUUCUAGUGUCAAAAAAUGAGGUUUUACAAUUUACUUUAAAAGGAUGAUGUAUGGGGGUGCAGAAGAGAGCAUUUCUAGGCUUUAUAUUAAUAGCAAUAAUAAAGGCUUUGAUUGCUAAGGA